AUGCCUCACGGUCACAGCGUACUCAUAGUUCUCCUGCUUCUUUGUCAAAUCCUGGGCUUGAUAUUGUUCCUAAGAGGCUUCUUUCCGCUUAAGAAAGCCAUAGAUGGAAGAGCAACUAACGAGAAUCUUCCACCUGAGCCAUCAUUCGAAGGGAAAGGAGAUCUUUUACCUCCGAAAUUUGGAAGAGUGGUCAUCGUGUUGAUAGAUGCACUGAGAGCAGAUUUUGUUUACAGUGAGCAGAUAAGGAUGCCUUUUACGCAAGAACUGAUCAGACUAAAUAAAUCAUUCAGGUGAAUUAAAUUAAUUCAGUGUAUUAUAACUACCAGCUCUCAGAGAUCAGGUGGAUCAUUGACAAUAACCCUUUACACCCUAAAAUUAGUAUGCAUAUUCUCCGUACUGUUUGAUAUACAUUUCAACAGGUGUUGACAAGAGUAACUGGUUUGACGAUCAGAGUUUCUUUAGUUGGUGAUCACUCCCUUUAUUCUUGAGACCUUAAUGUAGGAUUCAGGGGUGAUAUUGUAAGGAGAAAUCAGAUGCUGGUCACUCAAGGGAUCAAAGGGUUGAUUCUGUUAUGGUAUUGGUCACAAUAAAAUAGAAACCUCAGAGACCUUUUAAGAAAUAACCUGGAGACCCCUAUUCACUAUUUCCACUUUGUUAUUGACUGAAUUUUCAGUGAGGAUGUACAUGUACAUAUUUACUAUCCUUGUGUAAUAUUCCUCAGUUUCAUGGCAAAGGCACAUCCACCAACUGUCACUAUGCCAAGAAUUAAGGUCAGUUAAGUAUGUUUCAUAUCUGUAGACAAAAAAAUAACUCCGCAAGACUCUUAAUAUAAAUACUAUAGAUAAAAGAAAGAGUCUGUACUGGAGCCAAGUAGCCCUGCAGGCCAGAGCUUAUACCAGUUUCUAUAGCAUGAAGUGACAUGGUGUAUUACUUUUUCCGUGGAUUGGAUGCUAGUCUAUUGCAAGGUUACUCCCAGUGUUUCAUCAGGAUUCCCUGACAUUUCACCAGUACCCAUUUAUACUCCUGGUUGGAGAGGGGCACUGUGAAAGUAAAAUGUCUGGCCCAAGAGCACAAUAUGAUGACUUAGUCAAGUCUUGAACCCGAAACCUCUUGAUGUGGAGUCCAGUGCACCAACCAUUAGGCAACUGCUUCUUCCCCCAAAAAAAAGACUGUUACUUACUGCUGGCUUACUUAACCCAGAACACCCAAAUAUCAGUAUCCAUAUUCUUGUUACUCUUCUCUAUCCAUUUCCUUUGGCACUGACAAGGAGACUUGGUUUAACAAUCAAAGCUUCUUAGGUUGAUUUCCUUUAUUCUCAAGAUCUUCAUGAAUGAUUCACCAGUAUUACUGUAAGAAGAAAUUACAUGCUGGUCACUUUGUGGGUUUAAUGGGUUAAGAGAUUUAUCAACUAAGCUUGAUCAUUAUCAGAGGUUUCACUACAUAUGAAAUGGAGAUCUUUUGGUCAAAAUAUCUUGGAGCUAAAGGAUGCCAAUAUUUCUCAUGCAUGAAUCUCUAUGAAGCACACCUUCACAAGAACUAAAAAAGAGAUGGGUGCAGAAUUUGUAUUGUUUUCAUAUGACAUGUUGAUAUGUUCUGACAGGCACUCACAACAGGUGGCAUACCAGGAUUUAUUGAUGUUGUUCUCAAUAUGGACUCAAGUUCUUUACAAGAAGACAGUUUGAUCAGUCAGAUGAAGUUUGCAAAUAAGAAGCUUGUUUUUUAUGGUGAUGAUACCUGGAUGAAGCUGUUUCCUGAACACUUUGAAAGAACUGAUGGAACCACAUCAUUUUUUGUGACUGAUUAUACAGAGGUACAAACAAAAUAUCCUUGAAUUAACCCUUUUGUUCAACAGAAUGAAAAAAAGUGAAUUUAUCCUUAAAAUGUUACAAUCAGCAUAACCUCACACCAUGAACCUCUAUAAAUAUACAGUCAAAUAUGGUAAUAUUGUGCAACAGACAAAAUAUGAGAAUUUGUAUUGGAAUAAACUGUCACAUUCUCAACCUAAAAAACUCAGUCAUCAACCCUGUAACUCCCAAGAUCUCAUAAAUAAUUCUCCUUACUGUCUGCAAAAUGAUUCUCAUGUUAGAAUGAGAAUUUAGCUGAUUUAGGACUGUUUAGCUUAGUUUUAGUUCAUUUACUUUGUUUUCUUUAUGAUCCUUUCCCAUACUUAAGAAAGGAUCUUAUAGAUUCAGAUCAACAUUCUUAGUUGUUCUGAUAACAUCUUAUUACAGGUAGAUAACAAUGUUACAAGACACAUUGGUAAAGAGUUGAGAAGCAAUGACUGGGAUGUUAUGAUUCUUCAUUACCUGGGCCUUGAUCAUAUAGGACAUAUUGCAGGACCUUCAAGUCCCCUAGUUGGACCAAAACUCUUAGAAAUGGACCAAGUUGUAAGUGAUAUCUACAAUGAAAUGCUCCAUUGGCAUCAACAAAGAAAAGCACCAUCAUUAUUGGUGCUGUGUGGGGAUCAUGGAAUGAGUGAGGUAGGCAGUCAUGGUGGAGCAUCUUUGGCAGAGACAAACACACCCCUUGUGUUUAUGAGCCCAUUAUUUGAGAAUGGUGGAGGUGAAGAGUUUUCAAAGAAACAAGUUCAACAAAUUGAUCUUGUUCCAACCUUGAGUCUUCUCCUGGGGCUUCCUGUACCUCAAAACAGGUAAUUAAUAACAGUUAGUCUUAAUUGUUUAUGCAUCAUAUUAUUUACCUAUAUCUUAACCUUCCAUUCUCUCAGCUUAGGAAUCCUUCUUCCCGAACUAUUCGGUUCCCAUAGUGCAAGAGAAAAGCUACGAGCAAUGCAGCUAAAUUCACACCAACUAUCUCAAGUGCUCAUCACAAAUGGGCAUUCUGUUGACAACAUGUGGGAACCUCAACACGCCCACAAGCUGCACUCUGAUUGGCUGAAAUCAGCAGAGGUUGACCUGAGUACUACAAGAAACCAGAUUACCUCAGCAACUAAGGUUGCUAAGCAGUACAUCCUGGCACUUCAGAAAAUGAGUGGUCAUGUGACAGCCUCUCUUUCAAACUACGACCUACAUGCUAUGAUUUACGGCAUAGCUAUUCUUUUUCAAACCCUAUACUGGUUCGUCUGUGGUUUGCUUCAACUUUCGUUUGACAUGAAGACAAGAGAUGAGAUGAAUUUUUCAGCAACAACUGUUAUUGUUGUGAGCGGCGCUGUUCUACUUGUUGCAGUUCUUCAUCUCUCUACUUGCUCCAGCACAGUGUUUGGUAAGAAGAUAUCUCUGUGGCAGGGCCAUCAGCAAUUGCAGAUAAUUUAAAGAAUGUAUUCUAUUACUCUAUUACUAUUACUUGAUAGAGCAUCCAAAUAACUUCGCUAAUUAAUUUUUUUUCUGUGUUCUUUUGUAAAUUACUUUGGUAUGGAUAGCAGUUUUAACAGUGCUCAAGUAAACUUUUGUUUAGCUUCCGCUGUUGGGGAAGUGACUGCUUUGAAGCAAUUUCCAUUGAGUGUGGAAAAUUAUCUCGGAUUGCUCUUCACAAAUUUCUCUUUGUAACUGGUCUACAAAAGUCACUUUAUAGGGUUUCUUUAAAAAUUACUGCAACGCGGCUCGUGGAGUACUGGGUUCCAUUUCAGUGCAUCUUAUUCCUGUGACAAGUCUUAAAAUGCCUCGCACCGUUUUAGAACAUUUUCAUCCUGACUUAACCUCUGUGUCAGACACUUAAGGCGGAGAAUGUUCUUCCAAGUGUUUUUUUUUUUUUUUACAAUCGUCAAAUUAUUCUUUUUCUUUUCUUUUUCAGGUGGAAGCGACAUUUUGUGUUCAGUAACUAGCCUGGAAUCUAUUGUUCUCUCUUCUAUAUUUGCAUUGCUAUCAGGAGUCACACUUGGAUCUGUUCUGAUUGGUCUUUUUCAUCAUUUUUCAAGCUCUCAGCCUUUUUUCUGGGUGGUUAUAUCAGCCCUUUCAUCACUUUUUCAAAAUAAGACUUGCUGCUUUCUUGUCAUAGGAGUUUUCCUCCAUGUUGUCAGUCUCCCUUCGAGUAGUUUUGUAGAAGAAGAGCAUCAAACUUGGUACCUUUUGACGUCUACUUUGUUCGUUAUCAUUUUUCUUGAGAAAAUCACAUCUUGUAAGCAUCUCAAUGAAACAGAACUUCACCAUCGUUUUGUGAUAAAGGACGAGGACUCAGGCAUUAACAAGACACACAAAUGUGGGAGAGGAAAAUCUUUUGAGCUUUACAGUAAACUCGGUGACGCUAGUUCUCACAAAAAUUCUCACCAUUCCACAAUAAGUAGACAUAACGCGGAUGGGCUUUGCUUGACCAGUCAAGACGUUGAUAGGAUAAGGACUGGAACUGAAAAUGCAAUCUCGAACCAGGAUCUUUCUCGGUCAAUUUCAACUUCAACGGGAUCUGGGAAUCACAUAAAUGAAAAAACAGCUUUGGGACUGGAAGUCAUGACGUCCAAGAAGGGAGUUUUGUUGAAACUUCUGCUGUGUUUUGUACUUCUUGUUUUAGGAAGAUUGUCAAGGAGCUGGAACCAAACUGGAAUAAAAUGGGCCGAUAGACCUGAUAUUGGAGACUGGCUUGUGAAGCCUUACAACCGAAAAGUGCUGUCUUUAAGUUAUUUUGUAUCGCUUCUCUUCAUCGUAGGAUUUCGCUACAACUGUCAAAAUGUGCUAAUCACCUUUGUCUUUGUUGUCGGUGUUGUGAGCACUUACGUAUAUCGGACUGUCACUGGAAGUCUUCAGUUACCAUGGAUACCGAAUGAACCUAUCACGAAGGGGGUCCCAGCAGCACGAUUGACGUAUUGUUGCGUGGCAAUAAUAGCAAUAGGAAAUGUUAUUAACUUAUGUAGGAGAAAGAGAAACAGCGAUAAGAAAAAGACUUUCCAGGAAUAUAAUUUUGACGUCUGUGGAUCGUUAGAAGGGAUUCAAUCAGCUUUACUAUUGUUAGAAAUUCUCCUUCAGAGGCCUCACAACGCACCACUUUUAGCGGUCUUUGUGGUUCAGGAACAUAUCUUGAGGAAAUUGCUCUGGAAAAGGUACAUGUAGGCCAAAUUAUGAAGAUAUUUCCCUUAAACUCCCUCGAUCCGAUUAGUAACCUUCCCUACUUUCUGCCAUACUUUUCCUAGUAUAUUUAGACGGGAGAAUUUGGAAUUAAUCCAAUAGUGGCCGCCAAUAGUGCCAUCAGUUGAAAUGGGCAAAAAUUAAUGGAUAGAUUAACAUAUACAUCGGGCAAAAAAAAGGUUCCCAUAAUUUCUUUUCUGAUAGAUUUGCUGUUGGUUGUGUGCGAAACCAUAACCAUGCAUCGCAAAGCCAAAACAGAGGUUCAGUCUUGGGACUCAAAAACAUUUCAGUUAUGUCUCAAUCUUAUAACCGCGUUAGAGUUUGUCUCUUGACAAUUAUAUUUUGGUUUUUAGUCAGGAGAACACAUGGCUUAUUGUACUCAGCUCUUUGUGGAUGGGACACGCUAUGUACUUUUCCUUGGGAAACUCCAACAGCCUUGCGUCGGUGGAUAUAUCAGCUGGCUAUGUGGGAUUAGAGGACCAUAUACCUGUUAUUGUGGGGCCCUUAACAUUUGUAGCUACUUACUGUGGGCCUUUACUUUGGCUAAUGGCAGCAGUGUUGUCUAUUGUGAGAAACGCUCGAGAUGUUAAGAGGUAAGGGCACGCGUACGCUCUUCUUUUGUACAGAGUAGUAGUAGUAGCCGUUUCUCUCCCAGUGCUUCAGUGUUACAAUGAAUCAGUAAUUAUGUUGGAGAUUCUUUGCAAUGUGCGAGAAUCUCCUACAGUACGAAUUGCAAUAAUCCUUAUCGCUUCAGACGAUGCUUUACGUGCGGGCUCUUAUUAGUUCUGCGACACAAGCGGUAAGACCCGUGUGAUUCUAGCUGCGGAGUGAAGUGAGCGUGUAAGGGUUAUGGUACGUGUCAUUCUUCAGGGUCGUAUCCUAAAGGUUGCCCUGCACUGGGCAUGCACCAUCUGGUGACAGAAGACAUGGUCGACUGAAAAUCACCUGGUAUCACACUGUCCUGGCUUAGCUCGGUGAGGUAAAAUUCUCGUGGGUAAGGCAGAACAUGCUCACAAAACAGGGGUUAAAGGAAAGAGAUUGUUGUGGCCUUGUAUCGCACUAGAAAUGAAGAGGAUUGGCGGGUGGCAGCUCAUGUUACAGUGCUUAUAAGAGCCUUCUCGGAAGCUAUCUCAUGAGAUGGAUACAGAGCUGAGUAAUUUCAAAAAAUUGUGGACUAAGAGGCUGAUCGGAAACUCUCCUUUAAGCCACACAUCACAUAUACAAGGUGUUCCAUCCUCCUUCUGCUAUUUACAAUUUGGCUUUGGAGGAAAACUCUUUUCUCGGGACUGAUUCUCUUGUCCCAGCUCUGUAAUGGUUCUCGGUAAGCUUUUUGCUGUAAUCUUAUUUGGUUAUUUUGUACUGAUUUCAGUUCACUUUUUUACGAUCAGGUUACAGUAUUCUCUCCAUCAAGUGUGUUACAUUAUCUCACUCUGCCAGGCUCUGAUCCUCUGUGCCUACUGUACGUUGGUAUUUGUUCAGCGGUAUCAUCUGUUUGUUUGGAGUGUCUUCUCACCAAAGUUGUUGUACGAAGCGAUGAAGACUCUUUUGUUAACUUUAUGUGUUAUUGUUGUACUUUGCUUAACGAAUUUAGUCGGGAGAACGAAAAUAAUUUAUUCAGAGAAACCUGAUUAAAGUCAUUGUGUCAGGAAGGUAACAUAUUUUUACACUAUGAGGCAAAAACUAAUAUUUGAUGAUAAACGGCGGAUUUCCAAUGGAUUCUAGGGAUUUUGUUAUCUUUUAUUUCGAAGUGCAUACGUUCGCACAUGUGUUAAUCCACUUUUGAAUACUUGAAACAGAUUAAUCGUCAUUUCCACUCAAGCGGUAUGACUAAGCGACGGAUAAAUACAUGUUUUUAUUCGUAUGGUAAUGGUAGUAUUUCGCACUAGCAAUCAGUCUGGAAUUUGCAUAAAGACCUGUCCUAGAUUGUAUUUACGGUUAGUGUGUAAUCAUGAGAACUAUCAAUAAAGGGCUUUGUUUUUUUUAAGAAAACGCGACUGAUCUUUCAAAAGAAUUAAUAAGAUGAGCUUAAACAAACUAAAAGCAAUCAGAAUGAGCUGUCACACCUUUGUCACGUUUACGACAUCAAGGGUUUUCCCUGCGAUUUGACGUCACGUCGGUGUACCCACGCAAUUAACCACGCUGUUAAGACAUUUGUUGAAAGUUUAUUAGAAAGAAGAAAGAAACAAAGCAAUUUGUAGCGCUUUUUAUUUGUUUUGUGUUACUUAGCUGAUGUUUUGUUCUACUUUUGUCUAAUUUUAAUUCAUGAGUGGGACGAAAUGAAAAAUGAUGGCGGUCGGAUGGCAGAAGUCACUGAGGCAUCAGAAAAAAUUAAGAAGACCGAGGCUCUGUUUUUCCAUCGUCAUUACCUUUAAUUUCGCAUAAGUUAACAAUGUGUAUCAUAACAUUUUACAGCAUCAAGCAAUUACGCUUCUUUAAUACAUUCACCAACAUAAAGUUGGCAAGAAAAGUGUUUUGUGAAUAAAAUUGAACUAUGUCCAUUUUGAAUAAAUUAGCGAAUCAGUGUAUACAACUUAAAUAGGAUGAUUCAUGAAAACGAAAUAUGUACAUCUAAGUUGAAUAAAUACAAAAUAAAUAAAUACAAUUGUGAU